AUGGCGGCUCCAAGUUCAUCUGCUCAUGAUCAAUCUCAGCCCUCUUCUUCUUCAGACCUGGGAAAAAACGAGGAGACAGUUUGUAUUGUUCUUGCUGAUGACGAAUGCGAGCAACCGAAUAUCAGAAUGAACAAAGUUGUGCGAGCUAAUCUUAGGGUUUGUAUUGGAGAUGUUGUGUCGAUUCAUCACAGCCCUGAUGUCAAGAAUGGAAACCAGGUUCACAUCCUUCCAAUUGAUGAUACAAUUGAAGGAGUGACUGGAAACUUGUUUGAUGCAUAUUUGAAGCCAUACUUCACAGAUGCAUACCGGCCUGUGAGGAAGGGUGACCUUUUCCUGGUUAGGGGUAUGAUGAGAAGUGUUGAGUUCAAGGUCAUGGAGACAAACCCUUCUGAGUAA